AUGGCAUUCACAGAUGCAUUGAACUCCGGUGCGAAUCGCCUGAAAUCCAUUUUCAGUCGCUCUUCAAAGAAACUCCACCCAUCACGCAUCAUUUCCGAAGAAAACCUUGCACGUUACUGCCCAGGAGGGUACCAUCCUGUCCGAAUUGGGGAUCUCUUCAACAACGGCAAGUACAAGAUUGUCAGCAAACUUGGAUAUGGUGUUUACUCUACCGUCUGGCUUGCGUGCAACCUCGAAACCAAACGACAUGUUGCACUCAAGGUUCUCACUGCCGAUUCUUUCGGGCACCAAAAGGACACCUUUGAGCUGGAUAUCCUGAAACGCAUCAAGGCCCAGCACAUCCAGCAUGCUGGAAAUGGCCAUAUUUUGGGGCUCCUGGACGAUUUUGAGCACCAUGGUCCAAACGGAAACCACGUCUGCCUCGUCUUCAAAGCCAUGGGCCCAGACUUGUCGAAAUACAGAAGGCUUUUCCCACACUUGAGAAUUCCCGCUAGUACCAUAUCCUCAUCCAGGUUGGAGGACAAAACUGUCUUGAUAGGACGACCUCGUUAUACCUUGGGGCUAAUGGAAAUCAUAGACAUCAAGCCGCAGAACAUCGUCGUUGAAAGUCCCGCUAUCAAUAGCAUGUUCGAGCAAACGCCUUCUGAAGCUUUUCGACCACGUGGCUCGCCACUGGAACCCCCCAAUGACUUCUAUAUGGCGUCGACACAGCUGUCCUCUACCGAAGAAGAUAUAGCUCACCCAACUGAACUUUCAAUCCGAUUAGCAGACUUUGGAACUUCGAGCUGGUUUGACAAGCAUCUCACGGAGUGGAUCCAACCUCAGAUGCUUCGAGCACCCGAGGUAAUCCUCGGGGCAGACUGGGACUACAAAGUUGACAUCUGGAACUUGGGACUAGUAAUCUGGGAGCUUGCGGAAGGCCGACUUCUUUUUGACGGCGCAUGGACUAUCAAUGCUCCAUAUAGCCCUGAAGCUCACUUGGCACAGAUGAUCGCCGUCUUUGGAAAUAUCCCAAGAUCACUUUUGGCUCGAUCCAGAAACAGGGACCGAUACUUUGACACUGACGGUAUGGGCGCAAACUCCUUGAGCCCUCCGCUUUUCCGCCUUGCUCUUUAG